ACGCGCUGUACUGCGCAUAAUCAGCCACGCCUCCUUAAAGCUCGCGGCUGCCACUUUAGCACGAGCCAGUCAGUCAGUCGCAUACAAACGCUCGCAAACACAGAUUAUAUGAAAUAAGAUUAAAACGAUGGCGUCAGAAACAUGAUACAAAUGCUGACUUUACAACACAGUGAGUCUGAGUUUUAUUCGUUUGUACGGAGAGUUGUCAAGCUGCGCUUUUCACGUCGGGUUAGCGUGUUAGCUUAUAACUCUUCCAGUUGUGGUUUGUUUGACACAAUUUGGCAGAAGACAAACAAUAAGUCGAGUUUCAUUUAGUUUGAUCCAUAAUAAAUUACCAGUCAAGCGCUACAUAAUUUUUUUUUGGUUCAGAUAGAGGUAUUAUUACUUGGCUAAGCUAAUUUAAUGCAUUCAUUUAUAUUUUGUCUUUAUAUAUGUGUCUUCUGUCAUGUUCUCGUUUGUAAAUGUAGCUAGUAAACAUCCGCAAUGGCCUGUCAGGGUCAUCUAAACCUGAGUUUUACUUCACAUUAAUGUCGUUACCAUCAGAUAUGGGGUAUCGUUAGCAUCACCGGAGGUUCUGAGGCUCAAAUCUCAGUGUGUUGAUAGUUUGAGGCGGUUGACAGGAAGAAAUCCACUAUCUGUGUGUCAAAACACACUUUAUUCUUGCUUGGGCCACAAGCAAGUGAAUUUAUCGCGUUUGGGGCUCAUAUUCAACAUGGCUAAGCUUCAGUCGGGUAACGGAGUGCAGUGGAAGGACAGCAGGAGUCAGCGGGGCACGGUGGAGAGUCUGGCCGAGCACGAGAGCUCUUCUCUGGGCUCAGCCUCUGAGCUCAACGGCUUCGCCAACACGGAGAUCCAGACCGACAGAUACGGAUUCAUAGGAGGAGCUCAACAAAGCACAGGAGAAAAUGCUGAUAUUCCUCCAGACGUGCUCCGGCAGAGAGAAGCCAAAUGGCUGGAUAUGCUCAACAGUUGGGACAAGUGGAUGGCCAAAAAACACAAGAAGGUGAAGUUCCGCUGUCAGAAGGGCAUCCCUCCAUCACUCAGAGGUCGUGCGUGGCUUUAUCUCUCUGGUGGGAAAGUGAAGAAAGAACAGAAUCAGGGAAAAUUUCAGGAGUUGGACAGUCAGCCUGGAGAUCCUAAAUGGCUGGAUGUGAUAGAGAAAGACCUCCACAGACAGUUUCCAUUCCACGAGAUGUUUGUAGCUCGAGGAGGCCAUGGGCAGCAGGAUCUGUUCCGGGUGCUGAAGGCGUACACGCUGCACAGACCAGAGGAGGGUUACUGUCAGGCUCAAGCUCCUAUAGCCGCAGUGCUGCUCAUGCACAUGCCUGCUGAGGAUGCAUUCUGGGGUCUGGUCCAGAUCUGUGAGAAGUACCUGCCCGGAUACUACAGCGCAGGCCUGGAGGCCAUUCAGUUAGACGGCGAGAUCCUGUUUGCUCUGCUCAAGCGCGUGUCACCGGUGGCCCACCGGCAUCUGAAGAAAUACAAGAUUGACCCUAUCCUCUACAUGACUGAGUGGUUCAUGUGUGCCUUCUCCAGGACACUGCCCUGGGCGUCUGUCCUGCGCAUGUGGGACAUGUUCUUCUGUGAGGGAGUGAAGAUCAUCUUCCGUGUGGGUCUGGUGCUGCUGAAGUGCAUGCUGGGAUCUCAGGAGAAACUGAAAGCUUGUCAGGGCCAGUAUGAGACCAUGGAGCUGCUCAGGUCAAUUGAGCCACGAUACAUGCAGGAGGCUUUCUUAGUGCAAGAGGUCAUUGAACUGGCUGUGUCUGAGCGUGACAUAGAGAAGGAGCAUCUCUCACAGCUCCGGCGCUGGAAGGAGACCCACGGAGAGCUGCACUGUAAAUCCCCUCCCAGAAUGCACGGCGCCAAAGCCAUCAUGGCUGCUGAGCCGCCCAGUCGCCAGGACCUCAAACAAAACCCCACAAUCAUCGUCGAAGUACCGCAGACCACCGAGAGCAAGACAGAGAAAGGGAAAAAAAUGACAAAAACGGAGAAGAUAAAUGAAACGAAAAGCACCUCUCCACCUCCUAAUCCAUACCCGCUACCCAGCAACCCACCAUUACCAAGUGAUAAGCUCUCGCCCAGCGAAUCACAGCACCUGCAGGAAGACACGCCCCUGCAGGGCUCCAAUCAGAGUCUCAGUAGCGCCGAACACGACACCUACCUGUAAAGUGCUGGAAGAGGGACACCAGUGCUGACCGCUGAAUGUUUACUGUGCAGAAACAUCUGCCUCCCCUCUCUCAGGACUUGGCAUCAAAGGGGAGAUCACAUGACACGACUGGACCAAAACAUGCUUAUGGGAGUCACAAUCACAUAGGAGGAUGAAACUACAUCAUGAGGUUUCAACUGUGUUUAUAUGAUUAUAUGUAUAUGUGUAUGUGCAUGUUUGGAAAUGAAAUGAAGGACCAACUCUCAGAUCUCCAAAUGAAGCAUUAAUGAGCUGCGCUGGAUGCAGAUGUUCUCAUGCUGUUUAAACUAGUGAGCGAGUGCAGGGGACAUUUCCUCCAUCUGCCUCAGGAGACUACAUUGGUACUUUAACACUGUUUUUGUACUUUAAAUGAAAACGUAUUUAGGCCUAAAUUUAAGAUGUUUUUUGAAUUGCGUAUAAAAUUUCCAUCCAUUUGGAUUGCAGAGUUUUAAAAUGAACUUAAAAUUAUUAUGCAUAUAUGCCAGUCAUACAUAAAUGAAACCGGUCACAUUACUGUAAUAGUACUAAAUUGAUUGUUUAAAUAUAUAUAUAUUAUAUUUCAAAUCAAAUUUCUUAUUUUUAAAUUUUAACUUAACUUUUAACAAAUAUUGCCUGUUUCACAGCAAGGCCAAUUUUAACCAUGUUCAUACUUUUUAACUAGCUAAAUCAAUUUUUGAAAAUGACCAAAUUUAUGCUGAUUCAAUUUCAACCAGUGCACUUUGAAUAUAAUUAUUUAAAUAAAUAAAAACUGAUUUUUUUAUGCAGAAAUCUGACCUGAUUCAUUUAUGACUGACAAAUAUGCAUCGCAUUAAGUUAGUUUAUAAGACCAUGUAAUCCAAAUGGAUGAAAGUUAUAUAUGCAUUUCAAAUACAUAUCUUGGGCCUAAAUAUUUUUUCAAGUGAAUAGUUGAUGAAAAAAAAUCACCCUGGUCUCGUUCCAAAACUUUUGUUAUUUUUUAGUGGAACCAAAAGCAGCAAUUUUGAAGAAUCUUUCCACUGCACAUUUCCAUAGAAACCCAUCUGUCAAUCUCCGAAAAGCAUUAAAUUGCUAUUUAAGUAUUUAUGACAUAAUAUGCUCAGACUGCUUUAUAGUGUACUUAACUUUUAUUAUUAUUAAUAUUCUUCAGAAAAAUAAGAGUAAGUAAAUAAUUGACUGAACUGUUCCUUCAUUGGACUGGCAGCAAAUAUUUUUACAAGAUGAAUUCAGUCCUGGUCUUUACCACUAAGGGGCUCUAUUGAGCUAUUUGUAUAUAUCAAAUUCAAUUGCAUUUCACCUUCUUGAGCAAUAGAGGGCGCCAAGAUGAUCCCAGAGUUCUGCAUUAUAUCAAACAUUUUUGUUCUGUCGUUGAAAACAUUAAAUAUAUAAACCUAUUUAUCUGAGUGCCAAAAUAAACAUGUAUAAAACAGAAUCUAGCUCUUUUGCUACACAGAUUUUAAUUUCUGCAAAUGUCCAUUUGAAUCCGUCCUUUUGGGAGAAAUAUUUAACGGAGGUCUGUGUUCAGAGCAGGUUUGCUCCUCUGUCAUGACAGAUUUUCUGUACAUUCCUCUGUUUCAGUUCUCGUCAUGAUUUCUGUUUCGGUCGAGUGUGAUCUUGAGUGCUGUGUAUAUGUGUGCGGGACAGUGAUCUACAUUACUGUCAAAUUCUUGACCAAGAGAUUGUUUUGCACAUUUCCAUCUUGAUUUACUAAAACUGAAGGGAUGCUGUAGGGCACAAUCCUCUGACAUUUUGUAGGGUGCAGAAAAUUAUAUUUUUAAAUAUCUAUGGAUUUAUUUUCUCUGAUGUAAAUAGCAUAGCCAAGACAAUUUUAACACUAUUUUAUUUCUCUUCUUGCUAUGGCGUCUUGCAAGUAUGGAAGAUAUGUAUAUUCAUGAGCAUUUAUGGCCAGAUUUGCUACGGUAUGUAUGCACUCAUUGAUCGAGCUGUGUACAUAUUUUUCUUUGGGAGGAAGUGAUAAUUUGUGAGCUAAAUAUCACGUUAUUUCAUUGAACUCACACUGCUUGCUGAAUAUUUCACUAUGAGGAACCGCAAACAGAUAUUUAGUGUGCAUGCUUGAUCAUUAUUUGAUUGCUGAAUUUCAUGCUCUGAUGAUCCAGGUGUCAUAUUUAUCAAACCUUUUAGAAUUAGGUUCAGUUCUCUUGUGGAAUAUUACAUGCAUUAAGGUUGAGAAGGUGUAUUUGUAUAGAUUUAAUCCCAAAAAAUGCUGUAAUAAAGCAAUAUUACAUUUUUAAAGUGAGAAGCAAAAAAUCUUAAUUUUAUCAAUCACAUUUUAUGGUUUAAUUGGAGUGGUUCAAAGAUUUACUUCUUGAAAGAACAUUGCAGUGCAAUUUGGGAGAAUUCGAGUUUUGAAUUAAUUUUAAUAUAGGCUGUGUGCCAAAACAUGUCACUUUGAUAAGAAAGGAAGUUACUUUAGAUUUUAUUUUCAUGCAGACUUUCUUAUUCACACUCAAAAUUGUUACAUCCUCCUGUAUGCAAAUGAAAAUUUGAGCAAAAGGUUUUUCAUGAUAAAAUAAAUUUGAUACACUCAGA